AUGGAGGCAAAGAUGAGCUACUGCCGUGAAGCUGGUGCAGGUAGCAAAGUUCAGGAUGGAGAUACCGCAAGGAAACUCUCAAGCAGUCAGAACCAGGAAUCGUCGACCCAGUCAUCCGCCUGCGAAACUGGCCACCAGGGAGGGCCUCCGCCAAUUGCGAUUGUUGGAAUGGCCAUGAGACUCCCUGGCGGUAUCCACAGCAGCGAGGAGUUCUGGGAACUCUUAAUCAACAAACAGGAUGCCUCGACUAGAGUCCCGGAGAGUCGCUACAAUGUGGAUGCAUUCUAUCACCCGACAAAACCUCAAUCGGUGAAGACACGAUCCGGGUACUUUUUACAGGAAGACUAUGUCGGGUCGGCUGACAUGACGUUUUUUGAAACGGCAGGAUAUGAUGCGGGAAAACUCGACCCCCAGCAAAUGCUGCUAAUGGAAGUGGUCUGGGAGUGUAUGGAAAACGCUGGGCAGACGGAUUGGCGUGGGAAGGAUAUCGGGUGCUACGUAGGUGUCUUCGGUGAGGAUUGGCAUGACCUAUCCGCGAAGGAGACCCAGGAGAUUCCACGGGUUCAUGCAUUUGCCACUGGAGCGUUUGCCCUGUCGAACAGGGUUUCCUAUGAGUAUGACUUGAAAGGGCCGAGCGUCACGGUACAAACAGCCUGUUCCUCUUCAAUGGUAGCCUUGCAUGAAGCAUGCUGUGCACUCUAUGCUGGCACCUGUUCAUCGGCUGUCGUCACGGGGACCAACAUGAUCGUAUCCCCAACCAUGACGGCGAACAUGUCCGAUAACAUGGUCCUGUCCGCUAGUGGUCACUGUAAAACAUUCGAUGCCGCCGCCGAUGGGUAUGCGAGAGCAGAAGCUGUAAAUGCAAUUUAUCUCAAGCCGCUGGACGAGGCAAUUAGAGAUGGCGAUCCCAUCCGUUCGAUUAUUCGGUCGACAGCAGCCAACUUUGAUGGCAGAACGCAGAAGAUUUUCUCUCCGGAUGCAGAUAGCCAGGAACGACUGAUCCGGCAGGCAUAUCAGCGUGCUCGCAUCGAUGAUUUCGCCCAGACGGCUUUCUUUGAAUGCCAUGGGACAGGAACACAAGCGGGUGACUUGGCCGAAGCAAUGGCUGUGGGAAGGGUUUUUGGGCCGGAAGGCAUUUACAUGGGAGCGGUAAAACCAAAUGUCGGGCACGGCGAAGGGGCAUCGGGCCUGACGAGUAUCAUCAAGGCUGUGCUUGCACUUGAGCACCGGACCAUUCCACCCAAUAUCCACUUCACCACGCCGAACCCCAAAAUUCCGUUCAAGAAAAAUGGUCUACAGGUGCCGACCGAACCAACUCCUUGGCCUUCUAGUCGUGCAGACAGAGUCAGCGUCAACUGCUUUGGUAUCGGAGGCGCCAAUGCGCAUGCUGUGUUGGAGCUCCCGGCUUCUGUCCGCCGCAAGGCCGGCAAGCGAGGUGCUAAUACUGAGCCAGAUCGUUCGCGACUCCUGGUAGUGUCGGCACAAAGCGAAGAAUCCCUCCAGAAACAAGUUAGAAACAUACAGGCAUACGUCAAGAUUCAUCCAGAGUCCCUCAACGACGUGGCAUACACCCUCGGAGCGAGGCGGGACCACCUCAAAUAUCGAGCGUUCAUGGCCUCGGCGAAAGAUGGUCGCCUCGAAGGCGAAACCAGAAAACUACCAUGCUGUACUCAGUCGCCAGUGGUUUUCACGUUUUCUGGCCAAGGAACGCAAUGGCCAGAAAUGGGCAGAGGCUUGAUUGAAAGAUUUACCACUUUCCGGCAGGAUGUCCAGAAAAUGGAUAGGAUAUUGCAGCGGCUAGCCCACAUACCAUCCUGGAGUAUCGAAGAGGAGCUUCUGAGACCCAAAGGUUCCAGUCGCGUCAAUGAGCCGGAGAUUUCCCAGCCUCUCGUGAUGGCGGUUCAGAUAGGGAUUGUCAAUUUGCUGGCGAGCUGGGGCAUUUGUCCUACUGCAGUGGUGGGACAUUCCAGUGGCGAGAUUGCUGCUGCCUAUACGGCGGGAGCCAUCUCUGUUGAGACCGCAAUGAUUGUGAGUUAUUAUCGCGGCCAGGCCAUCAGGUUAAACCGACGAGCAGGCGGGAUGGCUGUUGUCGGCCUGAGUCGAGAAGAGGUACUUCCUUUCUUAGUUGAUGGCGUGUUGGUGGCGUGCGAGAAUAGUCCCCAAUGCGUCAACCUGUCUGGUGACAAAGAUGGACUAGCAAUCGUGCUUGAGAGGAUUCAGAAAGAAAUGCCAGAGACCUUCCACAGCGUUGUGAAUGUGGAUGUGGCAUACCAUUCUCAUCAUAUGUACUGUCUGGGUGAGGUGUAUGAAAGCUUGAUCUCGCCCUACAUCGAAACAAACAAAUCCAUGAUUCCCAUGUAUUCGUCUGUUACUGAAAGUGUAAUCCCUGGCCCAACUUUCCUGGACGCCGCAUACUGGCGCCGAAAUCUGGAAUCACCCGUGCUAUACCGGGGAGCCGUGGAAGCCUUACUCGAAAAGACAAUGGGCGAUCACGUACUGUUUAUAGAAGUUGGACCCCAUUCAGUACUUUCGGGUAUCACCAAGCAGAUAUUUAGCGACCGGAAAGAGCUGCUGCACUACAUCCCGACACUUUUUAAGGAUGCCGAUGCAUCAAGUUGCCUACUCAAGACCGCGGGAAUGAUGCAUUUGUUCAACUAUUGCCUCGACUUCCGACGUAUCAAUGGGACGGGAGAAACACUCGUUGACCUCCCAGCUUACCCAUGGCACUAUACAAGCGUCAAUUGGAAAGAGAGCCGCGUUAGCCGCGAAUGGAGGUUCCGAAAGUACCCCCAGCAUGAGCUGCUAGGCUGUCGCAUGCUUGAAUCCAGUAACCUCGAGCCAGCGUGGAGAAACAUUCUCCACUUGGACAAUGUCCCAUGGCUCCAUGAUCACAAAGUUUUUGGCGAAACUACUUUCCCCUUUGCAGGUUUUAUUGCCAUUGUUACUGAGGCUAUGAGACAAAUAUCGGGUUCCAUUGACUGCACACUGAGUGACGUCUAUAUCCAAACACCAUUAAUCCUGCAAGUGUCUGCGGGGAUUGAGAUCAUCACUUCUCUCAAACCAAUAAGACUUACUACCACAGUUGAUUCUGAGUGGUAUGAGUUUACUAUAACCUCCUAUGACGGAAGAACCUGGACGAAGCAUUCUGUCGGCAAAGCCAGGGCUGGGAAACAUGAGCCGGAAGAGCCAAAUGAUAUCAAGGAGCUGCCAAGGUGUGUUUCUACAGAUGCAUGCUAUCGGGCAUUCCAAGCCCUUGGCUUGCAGUAUGGGCCCUGUUUCCGCAAGCUAGAGAGCAUCACAGCAGACCCCAUGAGUUGCACGGCUAGCGCAACAGUCUGCCAUGAGCCGGCCCAGGAUGAAUGUAAAUACAAUAUUCAUCCUACGGUUGUUGAUCAAUGUCUACAGCUCCUUAGCGUUGCAGGUUCCCGAGGUAGAGCGCGAGAGGCAACAAAAUUGUAUCUGCCAACGUUUGUCGAAAAGGUUUACGUCGGCCAGGGUGGACCGCUGUUGCAUCUUGAGGCCUCCAUUAGCAGCCCGACCGCCAGUCAUGCCCUAGGGGAUGCAACCAUAUUAUUCGAAGGCCAAUCAGUGGCCUCCAUGCAAGGUGCACUAAUGGUACCCGUGACUGGCUCUGAGCUCCGUGAAGACUCGGAGGUUCCUCUGGGCUCAUACAUGGAAUGGCGACCAGAUAUUUCACUCAAUCCACUUGAGCAGCUCCUGGGAACCUUUCCUAGACGUGGGACCCAGAUAUAUGACCUGGAAGAUUUACCCAUCCUUUCUCUACUGCAAAUCGCACAGCAGGUCGGCCGUACGAGCCGAGUGUUCCUUAUUUACAAGGAGAUCCACACCGACGCACUCCUGCACACACGUCACAACUUAGUCGAACGCUUUCGACACGAUGAUCAACCGGGACCCUUAGCGAAAUUGAACAAAACCGUUGUCGACCAUUACGCAGAUAUUGUACAGGGCACCGUUGACCCAUUGACGAUUUUACGGCGAGAAGGCGGCCUGACUGUGUUAUAUGAAUCUUUUUAUUACAACGAAGGGUUAUGCAAGUUUUUUGCGCUUCUUCGUCAUUCAAAUCCCGUCCUCAAAGUUCUCGAGGUCGGCGCUGGGACUGGGGGUUCGACGGCAUACGUCCUGAAGGCCAUUUUAUCUGAAGGGGACAAAGGGCUUUACUCACAAUACAUGUGCACGGAUAUAAGUUGGAGCUCUCUUAACAGAGCUAAGGAUGUAUUCAAAGACCACAAGCGCUUUGAGUUUAAGACCUUGGAUAUCUGUAUAAACCCGACUAAACAGGGAUUCGAGCUACAAAGCUAUGACUUGGUGAUAGCAUCGAAUGUGCUGGGCGCUGUUGCCAACCUGCAUGAGGCGCUACAAAAUAUAAAAAGCCUCCUGGCUCCAGGCGGCCAUGUUCUUAUACAAGAGUUUGAUGCAAUGACACCGAGUUCUCUCUGUAUUACAGGUCUUCUCCCGGAUUGGUGGGAUGAUAAGGGAGAUUUUUAUUCACCCUGCAUCUGCCCUGAGAAGUGGACUGAGGAGCUUUCUAAUGCCGGGUUCAAGGGACUAUCCAAAUAUAUGUCUCUCAGUAGUACAUCCUUACCUGGCAGUUUGACUCAGGUCGCAAGCGUCCCUUACGGGGAAGACAAGUCGGGGGAGCAUAUUGUGCUUUUGGGUCCUCAGAACCACCCUUGGGCCCAGCAGGUGGCAAAGGCUCUGCUCAAGAGUGGAUACGCCGUGCGUUGGGGAUCUUUAGAAGGGACAAUGUCCGAAAACCAAACAGUUAUCUCUCUAUUAGAUCUGGAAGGCCCAUUUUUCAAGAAUAUGAAUGAGAAGAGACUCGAUGAGUUCAAGCUAUUAGUGGCCUCCUCUGCCCGUAUAUUGUGGGUGACAAGAUCUCUCCAAAUUGCGUGUGAUGAUCCCGACUACGGCCUCGUUUUGGGCAUGUCCCGUACCAUAAAGCGGGAAGAGGGGCCCUACUUUGGGACCUUUGAGAUCGAUCAUUUUGAUGAAAAUGCUGUCGCUGCACUGUUAAGGGUGCAUGGGAAGUUCUGCCAACAGUACCAUGCCAAAGAUAUGACGGAUUUAGAUUACGAAUUUGCCCUAUAUGAGGGAAUCAUACACAUCGGACGGUAUCAAUGGGCGUCAUUGACUGAUCGGCUGUUUGUGGAUACGGAAAUCGGCCGACCAACAAGGCUUGCAGUCUCUUCCUACGGAUCCUUGAGUUCUCUCCACUGGGACUCAGAUGCAGAGGCGCCUCAGAUUCUGGCGGUCGAUGAGGUUGAGAUUGAUAUCAAUUUUGUCGGCCUGAACUUUAGGGAUGUCAUGAUCGCACUCGGAUUCAUGGCGCAUGAGGGUGAAUUUGGCUGUGAGGCCAGCGGUAUUGUGAGGCGUGUUGGUUCAAAUGUGAAUCAUCUAUCUGCUGGAGACAGGGUUUGCUUGGCCCAGUCAGGUUUAUUCCGGACGCGAAAAGUGGUUCCGGGAAGUAGCUGCGUGCGUAUACCUGAAACACUGACUCUAGAGGACGCUGCAACCAUGGGUGUCGUGUAUGGCACGGCCUACUAUUCUUUGCUUGAUCUUGGUGGAUUACAAAAGAGCCAGUCGGUGUUGAUUCAUGCUGCCUGUGGCGGUGUUGGACUUGCUGCUAUCCAGAUCUGCCUGGUUUAUGGCGCCGAGAUCUACGCCACAGUUGGCAGUGAGGAGAAAGCCAAGUAUCUCGUUGACACCUUUGGAAUCCGUCGGGACCAUAUAUUUAAUUCGCGUGAUUCAUCAUUUGAACGUGAUGUCCUACGCGUAACGGAAGGCAGAGGCGUGGAUCUAGUGUUAAAUUCACUAGCCGGAGAGCUCCUCCAUGCCUCAUGGAGAUGUGUAGCGAAAUUCGGCAAAAUGCUCGAGAUUGGUAAAAUGGAUUUUAUAGGCCGUGGCAUGCUGAGCAUGGAUGUCUUUAGCGGCAACCGGACGUUUUUCGGCAUAGACCUUAUGGAGCUGGGUCACAAACCAGGGUUUACUCGCAGACUCUUCCAUAAAAGCCUUGAACUUUUUGAGCAAGGGAAGAUUCAUCCAAUACGCCCAUUGAAAAUCGUGGUGCCCACGGAAGUCGAAGAAGCGUUUAGAGACAUGCAACAAGGUUUACAUAUGGGAAAGAUCGCAGUGAAAAUGACCCACAAUCCCGUGGAAUUUGUGCCAAGGAGGACUCGCCAACAAUUUUCUCUCUCCCCAGACGCAUCGUAUCUUCUCGUUGGGGGUCUGGGAGGGAUUGGUCGGGCCAUUGCCACCUGGAUGGUAGAAAAAGGCGCGCGGCACCUAAUCUUUCUUUCUCGAUCCGCUGGUGAGUCCGACAUGGAUCAAGCAUUUUUCCAUGAGCUUUACGUACAAGGCUGCUCGGCAAUUCCUGUGAAGGGUAAUGUAGCAAUUCUUGACGAUGUCAAGCGGGCGGUUGCGGCCAGUCCGAAGCCAAUAUGUGGCGUGCUUCAACUUUCCAUGGUGUUAAGAGAUCAAUUUUUUCCCGCUGUAACAUAUGAGAACUGGGAAGCAACCCUAGCGCCGAAGGUGGAAGGAACUUGGAAUCUCCAUAAAGUUCUCACUGGGAAAGCGCUGAAGUUUUUUGUUGCUUUCGGCUCAGUCGCAGGAGUCAUGGGGCACCAAGGCCAGGCUAGCUACUCUGCUGCAAAUACAUUUUUGAAUUCAUUCGUGCAGUAUCGACGGGCCCGGGGCCUCCCUGCAUCUGUCGUCAACCUCGGGUGCGUCGAUGAAAUUGGCUACCUUGCGACAGACAAUCCUAGAUUGAGAGAGGGGCUGCGCGCAGCGUCAGUCAGUCUUCUCAGUGAACAGAAUGUACUUGAUGCCCUAGAAGUUGCGAUUACUCGGCAGAGCUUCACGGAAAACUCCACGGGGCGAGUUCUUAUAUCAGAUGAAAAUACAGUGGGCAUGAGCAAUAUGAGGCAUCGCUCAGAUCCCACGGUUCGCCAGCUGUGGGGGAAGGAGGCACGAUUCAGUGCCUAUGCCAAUUUUGAGACCCAUACCACGAGACAGCUCAAUUCGGAUGCAAUAGAGAAGGUGACGAAAACACUGGCGAUCAUAGAGAACAGCCCGGAGAUAUUGGAUGACCCUUACUGGAUAGAUCAAGUUACAAGGGAAAUACUCGACGCAAUACGGGCACUAUCGGGGUUUGGAAAGGAUCAAGACAACCAGCAAAUCAUGCAGACCCCGAUCGACUCGCUGAUGAUAUUUGAGAUUCGCAGCUGGCACCGACGAUAUUUCAAUGUACAAUUGUCAGCCAAAGAUCUUGCGAAUGUCGGAACGCUUGGUGAGGUGAUGCCAGUCACUAUUGCAGCACUUCGUGCUAAAUAUGUUCGAUAA